UACUGUAGUUAAAUUCUAGGGAUAUGACCUAUCGCCUCUUACUGCAGCGGUGAACAGUUAAGAAACGAAAGCUAUGGGGAACUGUUGCAAAUAACGAUUGAUAGAAGCAAGAAUACAUAAAACAAUCUUCCUUUUGAGUUUCUCUUCUUUUGUAGUAUAACGAUCUACAAAUUCAAAUAAGGUCUGUUCAAAGAGGGGAUUGCUCGAAACGAAGAUAAGGGUUUGUGUAGCACGCAAGUAGACUAGCUGUCUAGCUAACGUUGCUACGGCAAUCUGAAUCACCGUUCUAACUGUUACUGAUUGAUAAUCGACGUCGCUGAUUUAUCGAAGUGCGCAAAUCGUCUUCGAAAUCGGGGUGGUCGACCGUUCGCCAUCCAACCCUGUCUUCCCGUUUGACGCAGUCCGAAGAGUGUACUGGUACAGAGAAUGCUAAAGAAUGAGUCAAAGGGAUACCUUGGUUCAUUUGUUUGCCGGAGGGUGUGGGGGCACAGUGGGUGCUAUUCUGACUUGUCCGCUGGAAGUAGUGAAGACCAGACUCCAGUCCUCUCAUGUCACCUUUUACAUCUCUGAGGUGCAGCUCAGCACCGUCAACGGGGCCAGUGUGGCCCGCAUGGCCCCCCCGGGACCCUUGCACUGCCUCAAGUUGAUACUGGAGAAGGAGGGACCCCGCUCGCUUUUCAGAGGGCUGGGGCCCAACCUGGUGGGUGUGGCUCCUUCAAGAGCCAUCUACUUUGCAGCCUACUCCACUGCCAAGGAGAAGCUGAACGGUGUGUUUGAGCCUGACUCCACGCAAGUCCACAUGGUGUCUGCAGGCCUAGCAGGGUUCACUGCUAUCACUGCAACCAAUCCCAUCUGGCUGAUAAAGACCCGGUUGCAACUGGAUGCCAGGAACCGUGGCGAGCGGCGCAUGAAUGCCUUCGAGUGCAUGCGGCGGGUCUACCAGACGGAGGGAUGGCGUGGCUUCUACCGCGGUAUGUCUGCCUCGUACGCCGGCAUCUCCGAGACAGUCAUCCACUUUGUCAUCUACGAGAGCAUCAAGCGCAAGCUGAUGGAGUCCAAGGCCCAGGCCAGCAUGGAUCAGGACGAGGAUGAGUCGGUGAAAGACGCCUCAGAUUUUGUGGGUAUGAUGCUGGCAGCCGCCACGUCCAAGACCUGCGCCACCUCCAUUGCCUACCCCCACGAGGUGAUCCGCACCCGGCUACGAGAGGAGGGCAGCAAGUACCGCUCCUUCUUCCAGACAUUGCUGACAGUACCUAAGGAGGAGGGCUACCGCGCCCUGUACCGCGGUCUCACCACCCAUCUGGUCCGCCAGAUCCCCAACACCGCUAUAAUGAUGUCCACCUACGAGAUGGUGGUCUACCUGCUCCAACGCUAGCCCCUCCCCUUCCUGUCUGGAGAGGAAGUAGGAAGUGACUGACUUGGUUGGGGAUAUCUAAGAUGGAGACCAAAGGAAAACCGAUACUGACCAAAACCAAGAAGAAAGAAGAAGAGCUCCCCCACUAAUUCCCCGCCAACAACCCCAACCCCCCCUAAGCCUACAGGCCACCCCACAAGGGGGCGCUAUGGUCUGGGAUGAUAGAGAAAGGAUGGGGUGGGAGGAAGAGAGAGGGACGGAGAGAGACCAUUGGGUCAGUCCUUUACAGAGCCUGUCAAACAGUCUCUGAAAGAAAGACGGAAAUCAUUUUGUGGCCUUCAAGUGUUUAGUCUGUCUCUCUGUAGAAUGAAACCAAUCUGCUUUAGCCUGUAUCGGAGAUGACAAUCUGAAAGGGGAAUGGAAGAAAACAAUCGAUAAAAAACAGGCGUCAUAACAACACUAUGAACAUUAUAGAAAAUGUUUAUUGCAAAAUGUUCCACCAGUAGUUCUAUUUGAUUAGAUUAGCACUUUUCCCCUAGGAUUUAGCAUAUAAGCCAGGUAUGGGCAACUGGCGGCCCGCUUUUUGAAGGCCCUUGGAUCAACUUCCCCGAACUCAGUCGGUGUCUCAACUUACUGUUAGUUAGAAUAGCAGAAUACACAAGGUGCAAUUUUAAAAUUAGGUUGUGCAUCAGCAGUUUCUCUUAUGUCAGUCACUGACAGUCAAUUAGCCUAUCCAUGUCAGCGAAAAUGUUUUUGAUUAGUAAGUUAGUCGAGCGGCUGGUGGGCCCGCAUUGAUUUUGUUACAUGCUGACCACACUGCUCGCGUUGCAAAAUAAAUUUACGCCUACAUCUUAUUCAAUCAUUGCACCCACACUGCUCGCGCGUUGCCAAUCGCUAAAAUAGAAGUCAGUUCUAUUUGUGACGCUCAACGCGGUGCAAGUCCUGCCUCUCUCAUCUCCUCAUUAGUUUAUAGAAGCAGAUACCCACGUGCCAUCUCCUCAUUGGUUAUACCCACGUGGGUGAUUGAAAGAUGAACUGAGGUCGGUCGGUUGUGGCAAUACUAUGAAAGUUAGAUGCCAAUUGCCAUAUAAAGUCCAAAGAAGGAAAAAGCCUGGAAGGAAGAAAGAUGACUAGAAACGAUUCGGUUGACCGUUUUAUGUGUGGGUUAAUUGUGCAUUUCAGGUAAAAUAACAACUCAACAUUUAUAUCCCAGGACAAAUUAGCUAGCAACAGCAAGCUAGCUGAAUAGGACAAGCUAGCCAGCUAAAUUGCCAUACAUUUUUUUAUGCUUUUUGACCUGUCCCCAAAUUAAUAUAAUUGGUUGAGUUUGUUUUGUUAUUUCAACCUGCGUGUCGUGAUCGCGUUUGGUGUGGGGGGACAAAAUCAAUUAGCGCACGAUGGCGCACUCGCACGUCCGAUCAUGGUGUAAGUUUCACUCAGAUAACAUUUCUCUACACACUAUGGCAAAAUGUGUAGAAUUACAGGAAAUUAGCUGUAAAACAGCUAAUUUUCCUCUCCGCCACAUGGCAAAAUGAUUAGAAUGGCAUGAAAUAGUUUAUAAAGUUGCAAAAAAAUUUACUCUAAAACUUAGUCUCUCCGCUGUCAAGAGGGGAGGGGGGGUAUGGAUGUGGGUAUGCAGACAACUGCAGCCUAUCCCAUUUUUUUUGUGUAGCAUAAAAAGUUGUCCAUCCCUGAUGUAAGCUAAUGUUUAAAACAAGCUGUGCAUGCUUUGUUUCAGCAACUUGAACCCAAGCUUGGUGUUUAAGGAAUGUCAAACAAACAUUGGCGAGGGAAGUUGUUUUUAAAGGACAAUUUUUCAUUUUUACAACCAUCUCUAAAUGGCAUGCUAUAGAAGGAUCCAGACACUUUUUUGGCGACUUCACUUGUUUUUGAAAAACUUACCCCCAGCCAGUGUCACUUCCUCAACGUCGUUGUGCAAAAUGGCGGUUCUGAAGAAACACGAACAAAUGCUCCAAAAACACCCAAAUGCGUCAUUUUCAUUCCAAACUUUAUCUGCAACGUUAUAUUCCACUUUGCGCGACUCGAGCUGCUUCCCCUAUCCAGCUGUUCCAUUCUUUGGUAGCCUGCUGCUAGAAUGGACGGACAAGUAUUGCUUGAGUCACAAUAAAAUGGAAUAUAACGUUAUAGAUAAUGUUCGGAAUGACAAUUUCAUGUGUACAACAUCUAAAGACCUGCAUCACUAUACUGAGAGCAUUGCCAUUUCUAAAAUGACGUAUUUGAGUGUUUGUGGAGCAUUUUGUUCAUGUUUUUUUCAGAGCCCCCGUACUGUACAAUAUGGAUGAGGAAGUGACCCACUGGUUGUCUGUAUCCUUCUAUAACAUGCCAUUGUAAAAACAAAAUAUAUACAGAGAGAGAUUUGGUUGUAAAAAAAAAAAAAAAAAGAUUUUGAACUUCCACAAUCAUUUUUUCCACCCAGAUCAUUUAAGAUCACUAGCUAGCUAUAUAAGAGAAUAGCAAGCGAACAUUUCAUGUACUGCAAUGAGUUUGGCUACAAGCAUUCCCCUGAAGGCCAGAGUUUCCCCUUAUAGUCUGAAGCAAGGCAUAUGGUGCACAAGACUAGGGAUCGCCGCUGAUCACAACACAUGCCACAGACGCUUAUCCAGUGUUUUAUUUGUUUGGAAAGCUGACCAUUAUUUCAGUGUUUUGUAUAAUGGUAUUGUUUCUCUGAUACUAGUCAUUGGGAGGGGUGUAGUUGUCUCUUGUGAGUGCACAAGAUUUCUACGACCUAGAUAGGGUGCGAGUCUUUCCAACAGGUACCAACACCUAGCUGGUUAGAGAUCUGUCUACCGGUGUGACGCCGCUACUUGAAGAUAAUUUGUUAAGUGUCGGAAGUCAGGAACUGUCAAUGUCAUUUCAUCAUCUCUCCCAACCCUUUGUGUGAGAUUUGGAUGGUGACUGUGUGUCGAUGUGCAUUUGACUCUGUGUUUGGGUGUGUGUGUUUGUGUGUGUGUGAGGUGAAAGCGAACUACCCUGAUAUCUACUCCAGAGGUAGUGAGUGGCCUCCACUAAAGGUUAAUCAUGUAGAUCACUGAGGUUGGGAGCGAGGCAAAGCAGUGAGCCACACCAGCUGCUACACUGUAGCCCUUCCCUACCAGUGGCUUCCAACUGAAGUUUUAUGCACUUUUUUUUGUGGCCUUUUGGGGUUUGUGCUUAACAUUUUCUUGUGUGGACAUUUUUAUCUUGUAUUAUCAGAAUAGUAUUACUGUAUAUGCAAAAACAGUGUUUUGCUCAGCAGUUCCCAUUGCAGAUACUGUACAGUUCAGAAUACUUCAUCUUGUGAAGGAUAUUCAUGUGUAUAUAAUACAUAUGCAUAUCAACUAUUGUGUGUAUUUUGCUUAGGUCCACGUAUUAUUAUACUGUAGUUUAUAGUUGCAAAUUAUUUGUUUGACUGCAUUUGUGUACAAUUGUAAGAUGUUUGAACCUGUUGCAACACGGUGUGUUGACAUUAUAUUUUUAUUUUGUUAAAGUUUUAUAUUAUACAAUGUGUAUUUCAUUUUACAUCAUGCAAGCCUUGGUGCUGAAAGAUAGUCUUUGAUUUUAUGUCAUAAAAGUAUUAUUUUUCAGAAUUUUAUAUAUAUACAGUAUAUCACAAAAGUGAGUACACCUCUCACAUUUUUGUAAAUAUUUGAGUAUAUCUUUGUGACAACACUGAAGAAAUUACACUUUGCUACAAUGUAAAGUAGUGAGUGUACAGCUUGUAUAACAGUGUAAAUUUGCUGUCCCCUCAAUAACUCAACACACAGCCAUUAAUGUCUAAACCGCUGGCAACAAACGUGAGUACACCCCUAAGUGAAAAUGUCCAAAUUGUGCCCAAAGUGUCAAUAUUUUGUGUGGCCACCAUCAUUUUCCAGCACUGCCUUAACCCUCUUGGGCAUGGAGUUCACCAGAGCUUCACAGGUUGCCACUGGAGUCCUCUUCCACUCCUCCAUGACGACAUCACGGCGCUGGUGGAUGUUAGAGACCUUGCACUCCUUCACCUUCCGUUUGAGGAUGCCCCACAGAUGCUGAAUAGGGUUUAGGUCUGGAGACAUGCUUGGCCAGUCCAUCACCUUUACCCUCAGCUUCUUUAGCAAGGCAGUGGUCGUCUUGGAGGUGUGUUUGGGGUCGUUAUCAUGUUGGAAUACUGCCCUGCGGCCCAGUCUCCGAAGGGAGGGGAUCAUGCUCUGCUUCAGUUUGUCACAGUACAUGUUGGCAUUCAUGGUUCCCUCAAUGAAGUGUAGCUCCCCAGUGCAGGCAGCACUCAUGCAGCCCCAGACCAUGACACUCCCACCACCAUGCUUGACUGUAGGCAAGACACACUUGUCUUUGUACUCCUCACCUGGUUGCCACCACACACGCUUGACACCAUCUGAACCAAAUAAGUUUAUCUUGGUCUCAUCAGACCACAGGACAUGGUUCUAGUAAUGCAUGUCCUUAGUUAGCUGAAGACAAGCAGACUGUUUGCGGGCUUUCGUGUGCAUCAUCUUUAGAAGAGGCUUCUUUCUGGGACGACAGCCAUGCAGACCAAUUUGAUGCAGUGUACGGCGUAUGGUCUGAGCACUGACAGGCUGACCCCCCCACCCCUUCAACCUCUGCAGCAAUGCUGGCAGCACUCAUACGUCUAUUUCCCAAAGACAACCUCUGGAUAUGACGCUGAGCACGUGCACUCAACUUCUUUGGUCGACCAUGGCGAGGCCUGUUCUGAGUGGAACCUGUCCAGUUAAACCGCUGUAUGGUCUUUGCCACUGUGCUGCAGCUCAGUUUCAGGGUCUUGGCAAUCUUCUUAUAGCCCAGGUCAUCUUUAUGUAGAGCAACAAUUCUUUUUUUCAGAUCCUCAGAGAGUUCUUUGCCAUGAGGUGCCAUGUUGAACUUCCAGUGACCAGCCAGUAUGAGGGAGUGUGAGAGCGAUGACACCACAUUUAACACACCUGCUCCCCAUUCACACCUGAGACCCUGUAACACUAACGAGUCACAUGACACCGGGAAGGGAAAAUGGCUAAUUGGGUCCAAUUUGGACAUUUUCACUUAGGGGUGUACUCACUUUUGUUGCCAGCGGUUUAGACAUUAAUGGCUGUGUGAGAUAUGAGGGGACAGCAAAUUUACACUGUUAUACAAGCUGUACACGCACUACUUUACAUUGUAGCAAAGUGUCAUUUCUUCAGUGUUGUCACAUGAAAAGAUAUACUCAAAUAUUUACAAAAAUGUGAGGGGUGUACUCACAUUUGUGAUAUACUGUAUAUUUUUUGGUGUAAAUUCCCCUCAAUCUGAUUUUUACAUUUGAAUUUGCUCUCGAGCAGUCUUCUAGCGAUCGUAUCCUGUAUAUCUGUGUAGGCUACUGCAUCCUAUCUGGUCCUUGUUCCAAAUUCUCAAUCUGGCAUUCAGUAGACAAAAACAGUGUGAUGGAGCUUAAUAUAAAUGAAUAUUAUAUUAAUGUCAGUGUCAAUAUUAUGACCAGAUUAUGUUUUGGCGUUCAAGUCACCCUGAACUAUUUUAAACUGAUUCAGGCUCUGGAUUCAUGACUGAUUCAGGCUCUGGAUUCAUGACUGAUUCAGGCUCUGGAUUCAUGACUGAUUCAGGCUCUGGAUUCAUGACUGAUUCAGGCUCUGGAUUCAUGCCUGAAGACUGUCCUACAGUGCAGAGGCUACAUUGGAUUAUGGUGCGCAUCGUUUAGAUGGUUGUAAAUAUCCUUCUGUACAUUGAAGUUUUGACUCGAGGCCUCAGUCUAUGGUAGUUGCUCAUUUUGUCAGGCCAAUUUCGAGAGUCUUUUCCUAUCCACUGGCAUACUGUAUAUAACAACUGUACUGUGAAUAUACUGGAGUCCUUUUCCCACAGACUAUAGCCUAGCUGUUUUUGUUACUAUCAUUGCCCUGACAGUCAUACAGUGACUUGAAUAACUAGCAUACAGUACAUAACUGUGAUGUAUUUUGUGGUGGAGCGUAGACUUGCAUAUAAGGUGAUCUUGUUAGACUUUAGUGACUGCCCCGUGCUGCUAUCUAAGAGAUGGGGCUCAAUGCCACUACGCUUCCACUCCACUCAAGACGGCUCUGUUGUAUUGAAAACAAAAAGCACUACACACAGACCAGCAGGUCUGCAGUUUCAUGACUUGUCCCCACAUAGUCUUGGGUUAGUAGGUUGGCAAUACCUCAACCAUGUCACUAAAGACUAAUCCAUUAAACACUGUGGAUGCCAUCAUGGUGGUUCCCAUAUGGCUUCUCUAUUGGCAAAACUGGAGUCUGCCAGGGAGUGUAUACACAUUUUAUACAGCCAAGGUACAGUUUGCACAGUUGUUUGGAAAAGUAGGCGUACGUUUUCUUUUAAUGGUACGGUACUGGAGAACUAGAAACUCAAGAAUCUACUUCUCAGCUCUCUAUCAAUGUUAUUUCGUAGUCAAUAGGGGUCCAGGUUGACAUCAUGCUGCCCAAUUUAUAUCUGUGCUAGAUAAAUAUGCUUACUCAUUCAUGUCCAUGUUUUUGCCUGAAACAUUUUUUUUCUUCUUUUGAACACUACUCAAUACUUCAAGGAGAAAUGUGAUUACUAUAUGUAAACAUUUCAGUGAACUGAUUUUUUUUGGAAUGUUGUUUUGUUGCUUGUUUUUCCUCUUAAAUCAGUCAGUACCCCCCUCCUAUUUGUUUGGUUUAAGCUGGUGAAAUUAAUGUGGCCUAUUCUUUGCCAUCUAUGUAUCAUCAUACCUCCUUUUUGUACAAAAGUAAAUAAAAACCAGAUAGCAACUCCCA